AUGCAAGAGGUAUCCCCUCCGCCGGAAUCACAGUCUCGGCCUCAAAGCCCUUCCAAACGCCCUGCGUCUUCACCAAGCCCGCCAUCAAGCCCACAGACGGCGUUAAUAGUCAAGGAGAUCUUCGAGCAGCUUGAACACAUAGCUAGCGUGAUCACAAAUCAGAACCAACAGCCCCCUCCUCGGUCAGCAUCAGAAGGGUCAAACGAUGAUAACCUGCCCUUGUCGGCGAUUGCAACACCGACGGAGCCGUGUGGCGAUGAGUCCGAUGAAGGCCAUGACAGUCACCGUGACCGACAAGUUGUUUCGCCGCAACCAGACUCCUCAGGACCACAUAUAUUUCGCGCGCUCGAGUAUGCCUGCAACGCUUUCAACUGGGCAGCGGACAACUGGUUUUGUCCUAAGCCGCAGCGCAAUGAGAAACUGGAAGGCGGACCGCGUAUUGCCAUCAUUGGGGCUGGGCUCACGGGUCUGAUGGCUGCGGCGCAGCUGACAGGACAUGGUUGCACCGUGAGGUUCGCCAACCCUUCAGAGCUCAACAAGACCUCGUUGACGCACCGCUUCCACCCGGAACCUGAGCGCUGGCGGAACCAGCCCUUCCCCGACCGGCCGCAAAUCGUCAACUGGGCCAAGCAGCUAUGGAGGGACCAUGGCUUGGACUCGAGAACGCAUUUCAACACCGAAGUCACCAGCAUCUUCCGUCCUCCGUUCGAAAAAGACCCGUCAGACAUCCAAGGACUGUCGCCCCUCGGAAGCGGCUGGUACGUCAAUAUAUUGGGUCAUGGACUUUUCGACGCGGUCAUAGUCGCCACUGGCGUCUGCGGCCAGCACUCCUCGCCAUACCUAAUGGACAAGGAGAUAUAUCAGGGAAAAGUUUACAAUUUUGAAAACGUCACAUCCAAUGACAUAAAGAGGCAGCAUGUCGCAAUUGUCGGAGACGGCCCCCUUGCAAUCGACGCUUUCGAGUGGGCCGUUAACGAGAUGCCCAAGACGCUGACGGUCGUGACCGAUGACCAGGAAAUCGUCAUCCCUCCCAGUAUUAUGGCCAAGAUGUUCGGCUGGUUGGAACAAAAAGCACUCAAGGCACUAGAUCGCGGAGGUCGUAUCAGCCAGCCUGUGAUCAAACUACUUUUUAGACGCGGGCCCACGCUCGCCCUGCCCGAUACAAUGCUCCAAAGGCCGGGCUACUGGUAUCGAAGGGACCUCAGAGCCGUAACCCGCGGCCUAAACUAUGCACGCUGCUUUUGGCUGCAGGCACGGAGUGUGCGUUUUUCCACCUCUGGGCUGCUGGUCGAUCAGUCUGGACCUUGCUUGGACGGCGGUCCGGGCGGUUCGCACACGGUGGCGGUGCCGGCUGACGUAGUGAUCAUGGCAUCCGGGUACGACAGACCAAAAACGUACUUCUUGCCGGCCGAGUACCGUGAAUGGCCCUACGAGAUGGGCUAUUGGUUUGGGCAGGUAUUCGCCCCCUGGGACAUGUCGAUCUGCGCCCUAAACUGCACUUACAGUCACGGGCUGGGCACGUCGGGUGCCUGGCACACGGGAUUCUUUUUGCGGAUCUUGCUCAUGUUCAUCAGUUUGCCUGAUGCGAGGCCGUCCAAGUCAAUGCAGGCUUGUUGGCAGACGCGAGGCCAGGUCUUGCGCUCGUGGCUUCCUGCAGAGUUAACCGACUAUGUCGGCUACCUCGAGAUCUUUUCCUGGUUCGUGUGGACCAUACUGCUCCGACCCUGGCGUUGGGGCUGGAUCUUGUUUGUUCUGCUCGGCAUCGACUCCUCCCUGAUCAACCUCCGUGUACCGAAGAAGGCCUUUCCUUUCGGUUAG